AUGGAACAUACUCCUUUCGAUGAUCAAAUUUUUGGGGAUUUCUCUGGGCCCCUAAGCCCACUUGGGGCAAAACCCUUACAACCACAAUCGGGUCAUAGCAUUCAUGUAAUGCUUGGUAUGCCAUCCGUUGUACAACAUUCAUCGCCAGGUGUUGUAGAGAUGUGCACUCGUUUGCCUGACUGCAAUACUCUACUACCAGGUGGCUCUCCAAAAAUGGACCCAUACAAGUCCAUAGAUUAUGGCCAAAAGAUGGACUAUGUGCCGGUCAAUAAAUUGAGUUGCUAUUCACCAACGCUCAAAUAUGAAUACAUUACAACAAAACUGGAUCAGUACUCACCGCCAGGAGGCAAUAGUUCAAAUGGUGGUCUUAUUGUUCGUGACUAUGGUAAGUCCAUGGAAUACCAUCAUAACAAUGGAAAAAUGGACUACUCGAGUCCAUCGCCACAUUCUAAGAUGGAGUAUGAUCAUCAUAUGCAAAUGUUCACUUCGUCAGGACCGGGUGGUGGUGGUGGUAACCAAAGUCAAACGAUUCAAGUUCAAUCUACAUCAAGUAUGGGCGGUUCACCCCAAGGAGGUGGUCCAUCGACUCCAACAAUGUCCAGCAUGGAUGCAACGAAUCCUGGUGCGACAAUCGUUUCUAACAUGAAUGGAGUCAUGGGUAAUAAAACGAAGAAUGAAGAUAGUGGAUCAACGACGACAACGACGCCGACGACAGCGUCAGAAACGGGCGGCGUUGGUGUUGGCGUUGGAGUUGGAGUUGGCGGCGGCCAUUCAUCAUCAGUGAACGAUAACGGUUCUGGUAAUGGUGCUGGUGGAAAUGCACCAGGAGGAGGUGGUGGUGUAGGAUCUAGUGGAACUGGCGGCAACAGUGGUGGUACACAAGGAGGACCUAACAAAAAGGCUGACAAGAAGAAAGGCGAUCCGAACGGAAUUAAAAAGAAGAAAACAAGGUAA